AUGACACCUUCCUUCAGGAGAGAUAUUCCAGCCACUGUGUCCCCCCGGAAAGGAACCAUCACCCUCUUGUUCUACACCCCUAAGGGAUACGCCGCACGCCGUCAUGAUAGGGAAGGCUCGAGGUAUCCGGUCUUGGUUAACUUUCACGGCGGCGGAUUCACCAUCGGUCAUGCUGGCGACGACGCUCGAUGGGCUACUGCCGUGGUCGACAUCGUCGACGCCGUGGUCGUCAGUGUUGACUAUCGGCUGGCACCGCAAUAUCCCUUUCCUACGGCUGUCGAGGAUGGCGUCGACGCAAUCCUUUAUCUCAUGCAAAACGCAGAGGAGCUCCAUAUUGAUCCUAACAGGAUCGGCGUGAGCGGCUUCUCAGCUGGCGGAAACCUGGCCUUUACGGUGCCGCUGAGAUUACUGGAGGAGCUGCAAAGGAGAAGGGAGCGCGACGCUCAAGCCCUGUUACCACCACAUCUUGCGGGAAACGAGGGCAAGGUGGUUGUCAUCGUGAGUUGGUAUCCGUUCACGGACUUCGCCACCAGCACGAGAGACGAGCGUAGAAAAUCCAACGUCAGACCGGACAGAGAGCUUCCGAAGUUCAUGACAACCCUAUUCGACGCCUCCUAUCUCUAUCCGCCGCAAGAAGUCUCUCUAUCCGAUCCGUACCUCUCCCCGGGAGUCGCUCCGCAUGAAGUGUUGAAAGAGCUGCCUGAAGAUAUUUUCAUCUAUUCUUGUGAAUGA